AUGAUAUCCAUUGAUUGGUUGAGACUUUUCAUCCUUGUGAUAACUAUUGAAAAAGGGUGGACGCAAUCUUUUAACCGACCAAAAUUCCGUUCGAGUAUUGCUUGGAACCAACAUGCAAUAACUUUUUCCGAUAAUACUACGAUCGGAAGUCAGCCAUACGGUAUUUUCAUCGACAAGAACAACACAAUCUAUAUAGCUGAUCGCGCUAAUAGUCGUGUUCUUAUCUGGGUCGACGGAAACAUAAUGCCCAUGAAAAGUAUCUCGAGUAACGUGGCUUCUCCGUAUGCUCUUUUUCUUACAACAGAAGGUGCGAUUUAUGUGGAUAGUGACAAUUCCACGGGCCGAGUUGAUAAAUGGUCUAUGAAUGCCACGAGCGGUGUACAUGUUCUGUACAUAUGUUCAAAAUGCUAUAAUUUAUUUGUGGAUACAAAUAAUAAUCUUUAUUGUUCGAUGUCUGAGCAACAUCAAGUCAUUAAGAAGUCGUUAAAAAGCAUCUCCAAUGCAUAUAUCAUUGUUGCCGGCACAGGUGUUCCAGGAAACGAUUUGAAUAGGUUGAAUAGACCCUGGGGUAUUUUUAUUAACAUCAAUUUCGAUUUAUACGUGGCAGAUUCUUAUAAUCAUCGAAUUCAACUAUUUCAAGCCGGACAAUUCAAUGGUAUUGCAGUUGCAGGAAAGGGAUCGUCAACUUUAACAAUUUCACUCUCCUUUCCAACCGGGAUUCUUCUCGAUGCAGAUAAUUAUCUUUUCAUCGUAGAUCAAGGCAACCAUCGUAUUGUUGGAUCGGAUCGCAAUGGCUUCCGAUGCAUAGUUGGGUGUACUGGCGCAAGAGGUUUGGCUUCCAAUCAAUUAAUGAAUCCAGUAUCUAUGAGUUUCGACAGCCUUGGCAAUAUAUAUGUUGUCGAUCGCGACAACACGCGAGUUCAAAAGUUUACUGUAUUGAAGAACAUAGUUGUAUCAUAUAAUCAACCAAAAGUUUCUACGAAUGCAGUGUGGAGUCCUAAUGCGGUUACUUUUGCUGAUAGGAAUGCAAUUGGAACUGUAUCCUUUGGUAUAUUCAUCACAACCAACAAUACAGUUUACGUUGCUGAUCAAACGAAUGACCGCAUACAGGUGUGGUUCAAUGAUAGUGUCAAUCCAACGCAAACCAUUUACAGCAAUCUGACGGAUCCAUAUGGUGUCUUCGCUACAUCUGACGGAGAUAUUUUUAUUGAUAAUGGAGCAGGUGACAACCACGUAGUAAAAUGGUUGGCAACAGAAAAUACUACUGUUCCUGUUAUGAACGUUAGCGAAAGUUGCCGUGGAUUGUUCGUCGAUAUUAAUAAUACACUCUACUGCUCGAUGCCAAACUAUCAUCUUGCCAUCAAAAGGUGGUUAGAUGAUAAUUCUAGUACAGAAACGACUGCUGCCGGUACAGGUGUAGCUGGUAACACGCCCACUACUCUUAAUUACCCUAUGGGAAUCUUUGUUGAUGUUAACUUCGAUUUAUACAUAGCAGACAUGUUCAACGAUCGCGUUCAGCUGUUCCGCUUGGGUCAAUCAACUGGAAUUACAGUAGCAGGAAGCACAUCGUUAGCUGUCACAGUUACACUCAAUCGACCAAUUGGUGUAACUCUACGGAAUGAUGGUUAUCUUUUUAUUUUAGAUUGUGACAAUAAUCGUGUUGUUGGAUCAGGACCGGGAGGUUUUCAUUGUAUAGUAGGCUGUACUGGUGGAAGUGGUUCAGCGUCCUAUCAAUUAGCGAACCCUCGCACAUUUGGGUUCGACAGUAAUGGAAAUAUUUAUAUCAAUGAUUAUGGAAAUACUCGAAUUCAGAAAUUCGUUUUAUUAGAUAACACGGACGUAGCGUAUAAUCAACCGAAAUUUUGUGCAAAUGCGUCAUGGGAUCCGAAUGGAAUCAUUUUUGCUGCUAAUACUACGAUUGGAGCUAAUCCAUAUGGUAUUUUUGUUACAAAAAGCAACACAAUCUAUGUUACCAAUGGAUCAAGUAACCGAGUUCAAGUAUGGUUUAACGGCAGCGCUAAUCCAUCACAAACGAUUUUCGGCAGCUUUUUAAAUCCAUACACAAUAUUCAUCAGAACAAACGGUGACAUGUUUGUUGAUAACGGCUCGCCAAAUGGUCGAGUAGAUAAACUUUUACUAACAACCAACAAGAGCUAUCCUGUCAUGUAUGUCAAUGAAAGUUGCUUCGGUUUAUUCGUCGACAUUGGUAACAUGUUGUACUGUUCGAUGCGCGACUAUCAUCGUGUUGUGAAAAGAUGGUUGGGUGACAAUUUUACCGUAGGAGCGUCUGUGGUCGGUACAGGUAUUGCUGGUAACGCGUCCGAUAGUCUUUCUUGGCCACACGGACUCUUUGUUACUUCCAACUUCGACUUGUACGUUGCUGAUCGACGAAAUCAUCGCAUUCAGCUCUUUCGUUUCGGACAACUGAAUGGCACCACGGUUGUAGGAAAAACAUCAGUGAAUAUCACGAUUACGCUUAACCAACCUAUUGCAAUCACGUUAGAUGCAGACGANGUCGGUACAGGUAUUGCUGGUAACGCGUCCGAUAGUCUUUCUUGGCCACACGGACUCUUUGUUACUUCCAACUUCGACUUGUACGUUGCUGAUCGACGAAAUCAUCGCAUUCAGCUCUUUCGUUUCGGACAACUGAAUGGCACCACGGUUGUAGGAAAAACAUCAGUGAAUAUCACGAUUACGCUUAACCAACCUAUUGCAAUCACGUUAGAUGCAGACGAUUAUCUUUUUAUUGUGGAUUGCCACAAUCAUCGUGUUGUUGGAUCAGGACCAAAUGGUUUUCGUUGUAUAGUUGGAUGUAGUGGAUCGUCAGGUGCAGCACUUAACCAGCUGUCAUAUCCGCAGUCGUUUAGCUUUGACAGUUUUGGAAAUAUCUACAUCACUGACUGGGGGAACAAUCGAGUUCAAAAAUUUAUUCUGUUAACAAAUUCAUGCGGUAAGUUAAGUGAAACAGUGGACCAUUAUGAAAGCACCGAAGAUGACGACACAACUUCAAUACUAGCCGCAAACAUUGGAUAUACAUCAUCGCCUCUAUCAACUGCGCAGUCGAAUGUUACGACCAUGCAUCGAUCGCAAAUAAUUGUUUCAUACAAUCAGCCCAAACUCGGUACUUAUGCUACAUGGAGUGCUAAUGCAAUUACUUUUGCUAAUAAUAAUACAAUUGGAUCACAUCCAUACAGUCUAUUUAUCACAACUAAUAAUACAAUCUAUGUUCCGAACAGAUCGCUUCCUCGAGUUCAAAUAUGGCUAAACAACAGCUCUGCACCAACACAAACAAUUUCUCUUGGCAUUGACGAUCCAAGAACAAUAUUCGUCACAGUCAACGGUGAUCUUUUCAUUGCUAACAGCGGCUACAAUUAUUCUGUGAAUAGGUGGUCGCCAACAACAAAUACAGUCAUCUCUAUUUUGUCUUUUAAUAGCACAUGUGCUAGUUUGUUCGUUGAUGUUUAUGAUAAUCUUUAUUGUUCAGCACCCGGUCAGCAUCAAGUUCUUGCUAAGUCAUUGAGUGAUUUAAAUAUAACGAUAGUAGUUGCUGGCACUGGCUGCUCCGGUUCCUCGUCGAAUAUGCUAUAUGGACCUUUGGGAAUCUUCGUUGACGUCAACCUCGAUCUGUAUGUUGCAGAUCGCUAUAAUCAUCGUAUUCAACUUUUCGAAUCGGAUAAACUAAAUGCACUAACGGUUGCAGGAAGCUCAUCGACAAACAUCACAAUUUCACUUAAUGUGCCCACUGCAAUCGCCCUCGAUGCAGAUAAUUAUCUGUUUAUCGUGGAUUCUGGUAACAACCGUAUUGUUGGAUCAGGAUCAAAUGGUUUCCGGUGUAUAGUUGGCUGUAGUGGAUCGUCAGAUUCAGCACCUGACCAACUGUCAUCCCCUCAGUUUUUGGCUUUCGAUAGCUAUGGCAAUAUAUAUGUCACUGAUUUUAAUAAUAGCCGAGUACAAAAGUUCAUUUUGUUAAAUCACAGUCAUGUUCCAUCAUACAAUCAACCAAAAUUUUGUGCCAACGCGUCAUGGGAUCCAAUUGGAACUACUUUCGCUAAUAAUACUCUAAUUGGUUCACGACCCUAUGGUCUCUUCGUCACAAGAAACAAUACGGUCUAUGUUACUGAUCGAUCAAACAAUCAGAUUCAUAUAUGGUUUAAUAAUAGCGUUACUCCAACGCAAUCCAUUGCCAGAAAUGUCACGAAAUCAUCGGGGAUUUUCGUCACAUUGAAUGGUGACAUUUUCAUUGAUAACGGACAACCAAACGGAGUGGAUAAACUAUCAUUAACAACAAAUACCAGUAUCAUCGUUCUCAGAGUUAACGACACUUGUGCUGAUUUGUUUGUUGAUGAUAGUGACACACUUUACUGUUCGAUGCGCGACUAUCAUCGUGUUGUGAAAAGAUGGUUGGGUGACAAUUUUACCGUAGGAGCGUCUGUGGUCGGUACAGGGAUUGCUGGUAACGCGGCCGAU